UUGUUAGCCUGCCCUCAACGUUGGAAAUGGGUCAAUCAUAAUAACAACACCAAUUUCAACUGAAAAUGGCGCAGGUUGGGGCUGCCAAUUCCGAGUCUAAAGAUGAAGAGAUCACCUCCUUGGAGCAGUCGCUGCAUGAGUGGCGUUACAUCUUACUCCAUGCUGAUGGCUGGCUGAGAUGGGAGCGAGAGAAUCAGCCUCUCAUCAUGGCGGCUGCUGUCACUGUCUUCUUCACUAUGCUUUGGUGGUUAGAGCCCUCCGUGCUGACGACACUCUCCCUGCUAGUCAUGCUGAUCUGCCUGGCUGACUACCUCGGUCCCACCGUCUUCCACUCGUACCUGUGCCCACCUACAGAAUGGACAGCUGAGCACCAGCGACAGUACCAGCAAGUGUGUAUUAGUCUCCUCAGAACUAAGGACUCAGUGGUGAACGGUUACCAGUGGCUGAAGAACAUGAAGGAGGAAAAACCAAAGCAGUACUUCAUUCUGGUGGUGGUUGUGCUGGCGGUCAUCGCUUUCAUUGGUAACCUCAUCCCCAAUCUGUGCCUGGCAUAUUUCCUAGCCGUGUUCCUGGUGCUCCUGCCCGGCUUACAGCAGCGGGGCUUGUUGGCCCAGGCCUACGCAGCCUCCCUGCAAGUGGUCGUGAACUUGCUCAAACAGACCAAAAAGAAGGAUUAGACGACCAAACUUUUGAUAAGAUGCCUUGUUUCUUGUUGUCGGCUGGUGUGGAAUUGAA